AUGCUAGAAACUCAAAUUUCUCAAGUGGCUCAAGAACAGGCAGCUACAGCUGCCCUAGCCGGAACAUUACUCGACCAACCGCAAUCAAAUCCCAAGUGCCACGUUAACGCUAUAACACUACGAAGCGGAACAGAGUUAGAAGACCCCGUUGCUAAAAGAGUUAGAGCGAGAGACUUAGGAAAAAGUGUAGAGAAAGACUCGGAGAGUGUAACUGACAAGGACACUGAGAGAGAACCAAUAGCAGUGGAGGAUGGACAAAAAUUGAAGGUUAAAGAGGUGAUUGAGAAUGAUCAAGAAAAACCAUAUGUACCCCCUCCUCCUUACAAGCCUCCUAUCCCAUAUCCUCAAAGACUUGCAAAAUCUAAGAAUCCGGGACAGUUUGAGAAGUUUAUCGAGAUGCUCAAAAAGAUUCAUAUUUACAUACCCUUCAUUGAGGCUAUAACCCAGAUACCUUCAUAUGCCAAAUUCUUAAAAGAAAUUCUUUCAAACAAGCGAAAGAUGGAAGACAUUGGGCAAGUGGAAUGCAAUGCAAUUAGUGAAAACAAGCUAGCCCCAAAACUCGAGGACCCAGGAAACUUUUCUAUUCCUUGCGUUGUUGGUAGAUAUGUCAUAGAUAAAGCCCUUUGUGAUCUAGGAGUAAGUGUAAGUUUGAUGCCUCUAUCUAUCUGCAAGAGGCUCGGACUUGGAGAGUUAAAACCUACUAAGAUGUCCUUACAGUUGGCUGACAGAUCUAUCAAAUACCCAUUAGGAAUACUGGAAAAUGUUCCAGUAAGGAUCGGCCAACUGUUUAUCCCUACUGAUUUUGUGAUCAUGGACAUCAGGGAAGACAUUGAUAUUCCCAUUCUGUUAGGUAGACCUUUCUUAGCUACUGCGGGCGCUAUAAUAAAUGUAAAGAAAGGGAAGCUUACCUUUGAGGUCGGGGAUGAGAAAAUCGAGUUCAUACUAUCUCAAUUCAUGAAAGGCCCCACCUUUAAGAAUUCUUGUUGUAGACUCAACAUAGUUGAAGGAUGUCAAUCAAUUCGUUUCUAA